CAUUGGAGGACUUCAGAAACAUGGCUGACAAGGCUAAGCCAACCACGCAGAAGUCAGCGCUGAAGCCUAAAUCAUCGAAGGGCCAGCCAGCUGCAAAGGGUCAGAUUCCACCGACUAGCAAGGGUGAAGGCAUUGCAGCGAUCAGUGCUGAAGGAAUGCCUAGUCCCGGCAGCAGUGAGAAAGGCAUCAAUCCAAUUGACCCGAGCCCUUUACACAACACUGGUCCCAAAGCAAGCGUUUCGGAGCGUCAAAGCGCACAGGAUAACCAGGUGGACGCUAUGGAAAGCGCUUCUAACGUGACAAGUCUGAAGGACGUGGUCUCGGCUCAAGAACAGCGUCGAGACAAACCCACUGGUACGUCGAAGUCGGCUGUCUCGAGCACGAAAAUCAGUAAGGCCGGCAAGCCUAAGGCAAAGAGCAGCGUCGCCAGCCCUGCACCCAACGCCGGUACUUCCAAGGCAAAGGGUACCGCAGCCAGGCCGACGUCCAACGUGCCGAAGGAUACUGGAACCGUCGUCACCGACUCAGGACUCCAAAGACACGGGUGCGACUUUACCAAGCCUGAGACAAGAAAUUGUUCAUUCGCCCAAGUCUAGUCUGAAAGUAGACGACGUCAGUGUGUCGCAGAGUGUGGCGGCAUCCAGCCGCGUGAGUGGCGUAGAUGAAGACGUUGUCAGCGAAAGCGUCGGUGCCAGCAAAGUCAAAAGCUCGAAGGUGACGCUGAAGAGCGCCGAAGUCAGUCACCUGGUCAGUGAUGACAACAAGGCUGCCUCAAAUCCGGCCACAACGAACCGCGGUAAAGGCAAGGCUCGUAGUCGAGUUGCCAUGUUUGCCAUCGCCGACGAAGACGACGACGACAAAAACGACGAGCAGAAGGCCGUACGCAAACGUCAAUAUGGCAGACGCAAGUCUGUCGUCGCCGUGGCGUUUGCAAAGCUUCGCAAGAGUAUCAAAGCGCCGCAGCCGAACGCAGAUCAAAGCAGCUCGGAAGGCACGUUGGAUACCAGGGACCAGAUGUCGCUGAUCCUGAUGGCGAUGGUAGCUGGGUUUCUUCUCGUGUUCAUGGUUGUCCUCAUGUUCAUUUUCUUCGUCGGAGCAACCGCCAUACCCGACGGCAUCGCGUGCGUCACUGAAGAGUGUCUCGAGGCCAAAGAGUAUCUAGACAGUCUGUUGAACGACACCAAGAAUCCAUGCACCGAUUUCUACGGCUACGUGUGCAGCUCGUGGCGUAGUAAAAGCGGUAGCUUUCACACCGAGGCAACGAGGGAAGCACUAUUCCGGCUCAACAGGACACUGCUCCACCUGGGGCCGAUCACGCGCACUGAGGAGAUACGCCAGGGAAUGCACCUUCUCAAGCCCAUAUACAGUGGCUGCUACACCUUCAUGUCCAAGGAAAUUCCACUGAAAGAUGCGUUGGAAGAGACGCAGACGUACCUCGAUAUCGUGCAGCUGAUGCGGGCCUCUAAUUUCUUCGAUGUGGUGCGCUUCCUGGUGCGACAGUCUCUGCAGAUUGGCGUCGCCACGCUGUUCCGGAUCCGGUUCUUUUACGAGGAUGGUCGGCCCAUGAUGUACAUCAACUCUGGCUUCACGAUAACGCAGAAGAUUGGCUUCAUUUUCUACGGAGGCGAAUAUCGCAAAACUUUCGAAAGGGUUCUCCAGCUCUGGCUCAAUCAAAGCGACGUCGAUGACCACGUGGACCUGCUCAGGAACAUGGACGUCGAGGUGGAGAAGAUCUUCGAGAAGGGGAACGAUACCGAGGUGCGCAUGUCUUUGGACCGAGCAGUGAGAGACGUGGUCAGCGGAGUCACGACUGAGAAUUGGGUCACUGCAGUGAGAGACUCUCUUCGCCAAGGCAUCGUAGUCUCGGCCACGGAUGAUAUAAUAACCACUGGCUACAACAUAUACCAGCCCGCUAUGCAAAAAGUGGUGACUCGUGGACUGCGUGACGCCGUGUUUUACCUGGCGACCAACUUGGAGGCAGAAGUGCUUCGCGUAACCGCUACUAGAAGCGCAAUCUCUGCGAACGCCGUCAGCAAGGGACACCACUGCCUUGUGUUCACCCACCAGUGUCUGGCGCUCACGUGGGCGUACCUGGCCGCACGGCUGCUCGCGCCAUUCGGCAGCACCGGUGUCAUCUCGAACAUAUUCAAGUUCAUCAGAGAGGUCAUCGAUGAAGGCAACGAAGUGUUCAGCUGGAUGAAGAACACUACUACUAUCAAGACCGCGGUGUCGAAGACGUCGCUGGAUGUCAUUGAAGGUGAAGGCUACAAUAUAUCUCGCGUCGACUAUACGGGCCCGCAGCCGCCGCUGGACGAGUCGGAUUCGUUCCUGAAGAACCUGGUGGAAGCCUUCAGGCACCACCAACUGGUGAUGGUAACACACCCGCCCACACGCCUGGAGAUGAAGCUCUCGGAUCUCGAAUUUUACAACAGCUUGACCUACGUACCAGAAAGGAGGUCCAUAUUGGUUCCAACCAUGUACCAGGCCGGAACCGUCAAGAUGUUCAACGAGUACUGGCCGGCGGCACGGCAUGUGUUCUUCGCCCGCUUCUGUCUGCUGUGGUGCGACUCGAACGAUGGACCGUCCCCUAUCACGCCCCGGGAAAAAUGCAUGCUACCCCUGUACAACUUGCAGGAGUUCCAUGAGCAGUACGGCUGCAAGUCGGGCGUGGCACCGUUUUGCAAGGUCUAGAAGUGUGUCGCCUCCAAGCCAUAUAUUGCGCGCUACUGCGAGUGCUAGCACUCCACAAUCACGUUACUAUGUUUUAUUAUGCCAGAAGGCAUCGUAUAAGCUUUUGCUUUUUGGGGACUUGUUGCUUCGCUUCUUGGUUUCUCAAUAUAUCCCAAUGAGGAGUGCCUCACUGGCCUAUUCUAUCA